AUCACAAUCCUGAUUCUCCAUCUUCCUCAAACCAGGCAAGGGACCAACCUUCGUCUGCAGCCACCGCAACAUUUUCCCGCUGACAUACACUCAACCAGACUUAAAGGACCACAAUCAUGACCGAUUCCAAAUAUUUUACAACAAACAAAAAAGGGGAGAUCUUUGAACUGAAGGCAGAGCUGAACAAUGAGAAGAAGGAGAAGAGAAAAGAGGCAGUAAAGAAGGUCAUUGCUGCCAUGACCGUUGGCAAGGAUGUCAGUUCUUUGUUCCCAGAUGUGGUGAACUGCAUGCAGACGGACAACCUGGAGCUGAAGAAGUUGGUCUACCUUUACUUGAUGAACUACGCCAAGAGCCAGCCUGACAUGGCCAUCAUGGCUGUCAACAGCUUUGUCAAGGACUGUGAGGACCCCAACCCUCUGAUCCGAGCUCUGGCCGUCCGCACCAUGGGCUGCAUCAGGGUGGACAAGAUCACCGAGUACCUGUGUGAGCCGCUGAGGAAGUGCCUGAAAGAUGAGGACCCGUACGUGAGGAAGACGGCGGCUGUUUGUGUGGCGAAGCUUCAUGACAUCAAUGCCCAGAUGGUGGAGGACCAGGGCUUCCUGGACUCCCUGAGAGAUCUCAUUGCUGACUCUAAUCCCAUGGUUGUGGCCAAUGCAGUCGCAGCCCUGUCUGAGAUCAGCGAGUCUCACCCCAACAGCAACCUGCUGGACCUCAAUCCCCAGAACAUCAACAAGCUGCUGACGGCUCUCAACGAGUGCACAGAGUGGGGACAGAUCUUCAUCCUGGACUGCUUGUCCAACUACAACCCCAAGGAUGAGCGUGAGGCCCAAAGCAUCUGUGAGCGUGUCACUCCGCGGCUGUCUCACGCCAACUCAGCAGUGGUGCUGUCAGCCGUCAAGGUGCUGAUGAAGUUCUUGGAGUUGCUGCCCAAAGACUCCGACUACUACAACACCUUGUUGAAGAAGUUAUCCCCACCACUGGUCACCUUACUCUCUGGAGAGCCGGAGGUGCAAUAUGUGGCUCUGAGGAACAUCAACCUCAUUGUCCAGAAAAGGCCUGAGAUCCUGAAGCAGGAGAUCAAGGUGUUCUUUGUCAAGUACAAUGACCCCAUCUAUGUGAAACUGGAGAAACUGGACAUCAUGAUCCGCUUGGCUUCCCAGGCCAACAUCGCACAGGUGCUAGCUGAGCUGAAAGAGUACGCAACAGAGGUGGAUGUUGACUUUGUGCGCAAAGCUGUAAGAGCAAUUGGACGCUGUGCCAUCAAAGUGGAGCAAUCAGCUGAGCGCUGUGUCAGCACCCUGCUGGACCUGAUCCAGACCAAAGUCAACUACGUGGUUCAGGAGGCUAUUGUGGUCAUCAGGGACAUCUUCCGCAAGUACCCCAACAAGUAUGAAAGCAUUAUUGCCACACUGUGUGAGAAUCUGGACUCUCUGGAUGAGCCUGACGCCCGUGCUGCCAUGAUCUGGAUUGUUGGCGAGUAUGCUGAGAGAAUCGACAACGCUGACGAGUUGCUGGAGAGCUUCCUCGAGGGCUUCCAUGACGAGAGCACUCAGGUCCAGCUCACUCUGCUGACUGCUAUUGUCAAGCUGUUCCUCAAGAAGCCAUCAGAGACUCAGGAGCUGGUGCAGCAGGUCCUCAGCCUGGCCACUCAGGACUCUGACAACCCUGACCUGCGUGACAGGGGCUACAUUUAUUGGCGCCUGCUGUCCACCGACCCUGUGACCGCCAAGGAGGUGGUGCUGUCAGAAAAACCCCUGAUCUCAGAGGAGACUGACCUGAUUGAGCCCACGCUGCUCGACGAGCUCAUCUGCCACAUCGGCUCCCUCGCCUCCGUCUAUCACAAACCCCCCAGCGCCUUCGUCGAGGGCAGCCACGGAAUCCACCGCAAACACCUUCCUGUGCAGCACAGCAGCAUUGACACAGGUGAGAGCCCUGUGAGCGGCGGACCAGCAGCUGCCAUGGAUCAGCCACAUGUGAUUCCCAGCCAGGGUGACCUGCUGGGUGAUUUGCUGAACCUGGACCUGGGCCCUCCAGUCAAUGUGCCUCAGGUCUCCUCAAUGCAGAUGGGAGCUGUGGAUCUUUUGGGAGGUGGCCUGGACAGUUUGCUGGGGGGAGACCUGGGCGGAGGUGUUGGGGGAAGUCCAGCAGUGGGACAGAACUUCAUCCCGUCAUCUGUCCCCAGUACUUUUGCACCGUCACCUACACCAGCUCCUCCGGCUGUCAGCAGUGGCCUUAAUGACUUGUUUGAGCUUUCCACCGGCAUGGCCAUCACCACAGGAGGCCACAUAGCCCCGAAAGCAGUGUGGCUGCCUGCAGUGAAAGCCAAAGGACUAGAGAUCUCUGGAACCUUCUCUCGCCGCCAGGGUCACAUGUACAUGGACAUGACUUUCACCAACAAGGCUCUGCAACACAUGACCGACUUCGCUGUCCAGUUCAACAAGAACAGUUUUGGGGUGAUUCCUACCAGUCCUCUGCCCAUUCACACUCCCCUGAUGCCCAGCCAGAGUAUUGAGAUCUCUUUGCCCAUCAACACUAUUGGGCCAGUUAUGAAGAUGGACCCUCUCAAUAAUCUGCAGGUGGCUGUGAAGAACAGCAUCGAUGUCUUCUACUUCAGCGUACUCAUCCCUCUCAACAUAUUCUUUGUUGAGGAUGGAAAAAUGGAGCGACAGGUGUUCCUGGCUACCUGGAAAGAUAUCCCCAAUGAGAAUGAGCUGCAGUACCAAAUAAAGGAGUGUCACCUAAAUGCAGACACAGUCUCAGGCAAGCUGCAGAAUAACAACAUCUACACCAUCGCCAAGAGAAACGUAGAAGGCCAAGAUAUGCUGUACCAGUCCCUCAAGCUGACCAACGGCAUCUGGAUCUUGGCUGAGCUCCGUAUUCAGCCCGGCAACCCCAACUACACGCUGUCUCUCAAGUGUCGGGCCCCGGAGGUUUCUCAGUACGUCUACCAGACGUACGACGCUGUGCUGAAGAACUGACCUGCUCUACCACUCAGCAACUCUGCUUCAUCCUGAUGACAAACUGCAGUGUUUAAUUAAUCAUUUUCUGCCAUCUGCAGCUGACUGCCAAAACAAGGGAAUCCAAACAGGAAACAAUAGAUUUUUAAAUAAUUUGGAAUAUUGGGUGUAUUUUUCUGUUGUAGUGAUCAACAGAUGUCAAAACAAAAGUAUUGUGGGUGUAAAUUGUACUGGAGUUAAAAAGUACAAAAAAACGUUGAUGUUUUUUCCUUUAUUUUGGCAGUUGGGAGCAUCAUUGAACCCUGACUCAACUCCCCAUGUCGAUUUUUACCUUCCAGUGAAAACAUGUCUGCCAUUCCAUCCUUAACUUAGUGUCUUAAUGUUGUAAAGAUGUGACUGAUGGUGAAACUGUCAUGAGUGGAAAAAUUAUCUCCCAAGUUUCCACAAAGCCAUUGUUUUCAAUUUUGUACUAUGUGUGUGGCUCACACUCCUUUUGGUUAUUAUUAUUUUUUUUUUUUACCUUGAUUGCUUCAGUUGCACCUACAGAAUAAUACCAGUGUUGAUUUGUUUUCUUUUGCCAUUAAUGUGUUUGACACAACAAUGUGACUGUCAGAAGCUACUAACGUCUGUGCUACACCAGGUUUGCCUCCUCAUAGCUUACUUCAAGAGACAAGAUGAAUUUACAAACAUUAUAUCAAACAGGAAAUCUAUUCCUGUCCUUCCUGUCAUGACCUUUAACAUAGCUUCUUGUCUUUAAUGUGCAAUAGAAACAUUACUUUUUCCUCCAAAAGUAUCAAACAUUGUACAGAAAUUAGAAAACUUUAUGACAUUCCAAAAAGUUGAAAAAUGAAAAUGCAGACCAGACAUUACAUAAGUAAGAGGACCAAUAACUCUAAUGUAAAUGAUGGCAUUUCAUUUCUGUUUCCCACCUGUGAAUUAAUUUAGUCGCACUUUUUUGUCUUUUGUCCUGUCAUUUGUGGUCGAUCCCACGGAUAAAUAACUGCAGUUGAUAAAACAAAGAAGCAUGUCCUGCAGAUGUCUUAAUUACAAAUGUCUCUCCAUCUGCCUUCACCAUGUAGUCUUUAUCAGCUCUCCGCCUUUUUCACCUCAUCUACGCAUAAAUGCACUUUUUUUUCAGCGUUUGUAGAUGUUUAAAUGCUCACAUUCAAAAAGCACAUUACACAGGUAACUGGGAUGCAACAGAUAAUUCCAAAUGUAAAAAGCAAACAGAAGUGAAAUGCCAUGUGACGCACCUUCAACAGACCUGGUAUACCUCUGGUAUAAUAGAGCAAAAAUUUCUUUAAUUAUAAAGUCAUAGAAAAUAAAAAUACAUGCGUAGUGAGGUGUUAGCAGGCUGUUGAAGAGGAGGAAUGCAAACCGUCAGUGGAGCAGACAGUACAGAAGCCUCUGACUGAAAAUAACGCACAGUGCAUUUGCUUAAUUUCUUGUUUAAAUUGCUGGUUGCCCUGAGUUUCAACCUGCAAGUCUUCACUUGGAACCACUACACAAAACACAGCAGCUAAUACAUGUUAACGCACCGGUGCCACUCCGAAGAAUAUUUGCUGUUUUAUUUUUCAUGUAACUCUUUAUGUAAUAGCCCUGUUUACUGCAACCACAUAGUUGUACAUGGCUUUAUGCAUCGUCAUUCCUAUUUAUUGUGCAUCUACCUCUGCGCGUUUCCCUUUUAGGUGGCUUCGUUGUUGCAAUAGCUUCAAUUCUGUAAUGUGCUUUAAAUGUUUUCACCUUUUCUUUUGAUUCCAGUGUUUGUAAUCUUCAUGCCAUUGAUGUUAACUCAAUCUAAACCUGUGGCAAGUCAGCCAAACCAAUCUCACAGGACCAAGCGUUCACGCAAAUUAAAUGCCAAGUUUAUGUUUUAAUACCGUUAUAUCAAUAUAACCCUUUAAUGUUGGCUUUGUGUGUGCUAUAGAACAAAGGGUGCAUACGCCCUCAGGCCCAGAGUUGCGGUAGUAAAGUGUAGUCCAGUGAUGGUGUAGUUGAUGUAGCUAAUAAAUGAAUAUGUUUUGGUAUAACUCUGAAAAGGAAAUGAAGCCCUGCCUCUAUCUCUUCAACAGAAAAGACAUUUUCAGCAUAGCACUUGUGUUGGUGACACUAUUUUCCUACACGGUAAUGUAAAAAAUAUGUUUAUGUGCCUGCAUGAGCCCACUGUCCAUUUUAUCCUUUCUCAUUUAGGCUGUGGCUUUGCUUCAUUUCAAAACUAACCUCCCAAUUUUAUGUCUCUGUUGCAGAUCUCAUAUUUUUUUAAGCAGCAUUGUCUCCAGCACUCCCUCACAUAGACGUGUAAUUGUUGCCAACAAUACAGGAUGUACGGUGAGAGAUGUCAUAGCAUCUUAUGAAAUGGAAUAUUCCAAGCAUCUUUGCUGUAACCUUGUUGUAAAUGAUUUAUUGUCACAGUACCACAUCUUAUGUCAUUAAACUGUCAAACACGUGA